GUUCGCAACAAUUGGGUGUACCAAAAUCAGCACCCUAACAGCAAGGGCGUUAUUAAUCAAGCAUUGUUAGCCACUUCAGAAUUCCAGCAAAUUGAUGCUGAACCAGCUACCCAGACAGAGUCACAGCAUAUGAACACUACAUGGUCUCCCCCUCUAGUGGGAUUCACAAAAAUAAAUUGCGAGGCAUCUUUUUUGGCUAAAACUAGAAUAAGAGCCUAUGCUACUUUGGUACGCAACUGUGAGAAUCGACUGAUGAAUGGUGCUUCUGCCAGCAUCAUAGUACCUUCUCCAUUAGCGGCAAACGCUAGCAUAAUAAUGAGGGCCUAUAGGAUGGCUUUGGAGGAAGCUUAUAACUUGGUGAUAAUUGAAUCGGAUUCAAAAGAGCUUAUUAAGUUUCUUGUGCAGGGACCAACAACAAUCAUAAGGGAGAUCAAAUUUAUUCAAUUAGAUAUCUGGGCCUAUGCAAACCAGCUGCCUGCUAUCAAAUACAGCUAUGCAAAGAGGGAGUGCAACACAACAACCCACGUAGUAGCAAAGUAA